UUAUUACUUAGAUCGUGCAAUGGAGGUUCCUGUGCAUUUUGUGGGGAAGCUAUGGAGUUUCAUCUCCUUUCUGCCCUUCUUUUUCUUGCUCUUCAUCCUUGGCCUUGUCAAAGCUGCAAUCAUUGGGCCAGUGGCGGCGGGAAUUAUCGUGAUUGGAAAUUUAUCUGUAAUUGCUGGCCUUUGGAUAGCUCAUUUCAUCUGGACUUACUACUGUGUAGCAAAGAGCAAGAGGCUUGGGCUUGUGUUGAAGAUCCUUGUGCUGUUAUUGCUGCCAUUGCCUCUUGUCCUUUGGCCGGUCCUCGGAGUUGUUGGAAGUGUUUUAGGUGGGAUCGGAUAUGGGUUUUUUGCUCCCCUUCUUGCAACAUUUGAGGCUGUUGGCGAGAAUAUAACCGACAAGUUCUAUCAUUGCUUUGUUGAUGGUUCUUGGUCGACAAUCAAAGGAAGCUUCGUGGUUGUGCAGGAUCUCACAGAUUUCUGCUUCCACUCUUACUUCUCCUUCAUGGAUGAGCUAAUUGAGCAGAUACCUGCGGAUGAAAAGCCUUUGGAUAUCGAGUUAUUGAAAUUGCCAGCUUCUUUGUUGGUGAGUCUGAUUGGAGUGCCGGUGGAUGUGCCUUUGAUUACAAUGGUUGCGAUAUGGAAAAGCCCAUACAUGUUGUUCAGAGGAUGGAAGAGGUUAUUUGAAGACUUGAUAGGCAGAGAAGGACCAUUCUUGGAAACAGUAUGUGUACCAUUUGCUGGUCUUGCCAUUAUCCUAUGGCCUUUGGCAGUUGUGGGAGCCGUGGUAGCUUCUUUCAUCUCUAGCUUCUUUUUGGGACUAUAUAGUGGCGCUAUUGCUUAUCAGGAAGACUCGAUCCACCUUGGACUUGCUUUCAUAAUUUCUGUGGUUUCACUGUUCGAUGAAUAUGUGAACGAACUACUCUAUUUGAGAGUAGGGUCUUGCUUUCCAAGGCCAAUAUACCGUAGAAAUAUGAGUCCUCGCCCGGAGGGGAAAAAGUAUGGUAACAACGAGAAAAAUGAUUUGGAGAAUGGUGGAGAAGGCUCAUAUAAAUCAAAACUUGUCGCACAACGAUCAAGAACAUGGAAGCAGGCAAUUCAACGUUAUAAACCAAUCCAGGUGUGGGGCUGGCUGUUUAAAUCUUGUGAGAUUAAUGGCCGGAUAUUCCUCCGCGAUGGUCUGAUAGAUGUUAAGGACAUAGAAGAAUGCCUUAUAAAAGGAAAUUGUAAGAAGUUGGGGAUCAAACUACCUGCUUGGUCUGUGAUGGAGUGUCUUCUUGCAUCAGCGAAGUCGAACUCGUCUGGGUUGGUCAUAUCUGAUGAUGUAGAGUUGACGAAGGCAAAUGGACCGAGGGACAAAGUGUUCGAGUGGUUCAUCGGACCUUUGUUGGUCAUGAAAGAGCAACUAAAGAAUCUCCAAUUGGAAGCGAACGAGGAAAUGAGUCUCAGAUACGUGUUUAUGAAAUCCAGAAAUGAUACACCAUGGGAAUGGGACGAUACAGAGUUUCCAUCGGGAGACCAUGUCAGACGGGCGCAGUUGCAAGCCAUAUUUAGGAGAUUGCAGGGGCUUGUAGCGUCGAUGUCAAGGAUACCAACUUUCAGACGGCGGUUCAAGAACUUGGUGAAAGUGCUGUAUAUAGAAGCGGUUCAGGCUGCUGCUUCAGACAGCCAUAUAGGAGGAAUCUUAAACCCCGGUAAGGGUGCCAGUAGCGUCAUUGGAAGCAAGGAUAGAAGAGAUGGUGAAACUAUGGACAGAGGCCGGAACGAUACACCCGACAACGGGUCAUAUGGGAUAAUGGGAGUGUAGUAUGAAUGAGUUCUUUUUCAAACUACCCUUCCAUAGAAAUGGAAGCUUCGCAUGUCUAACGACUCUCUAUUUCGAGUUAAAUUUUAGCUAAAAAGACGGAAAGUUAGUUUAGGAGCUCGCUACGAAAUUUUAACUUCAACCAUAUUCUAAUUUAGGGAGUAGUGAUAAUUCCGAGCCAAUAGGAAUAUUUUAAAUAUUGUUAAAUUGUAAUAAAUAACGAUAGGAGCUCAUUGUCAUUCCUCACUCUUUAGAUUCAGUAGCUCC